AAGGUGCUCUUAAAAGGAAUGUAUACACAGCAAUGGGCGUUCACUCUCACACAUGCCUUCCCCCAACUCGGUCAGUAGGGCGGGUGGAGCCGAAAUGACACCUCGAGAGUUGAUGAAAAGCUUCCAGGAUCUUUCUUCACCAGUGGGGCUUGAGCAUGAAUCUCGCGUACUCGCAUAUUUCUUUGUCCUAAUGAAUGCAAUUCAUUGAUUUAAGUUUAGCCUGCAUGGUGUUCAACAAACACUGGGAAAGUCCAAAUGAAGACUCGAGGGACUGAUAUCACGACGUCUUGAGGACAAGCAGACGUUUCGAAGAUAAAUCAUGCUGGACACUGCGUGUAUGUCAUCGUCCACUGCGCGCAAGGGCCAGUGGUUACGCAGCGCCUUGUGCCACCACUACAGCCCGGACCCCUGCGUAGAGAAUGAGAUCCUAGUCCUGGCUACUGGCAUUGACCAAUAUUUGCAGGAGGUCUUCCAUCAUCUUGCAUUCAAAAACUCCGAGGACGUUGUCUCGAAAGAGGACUUCAGUAUGCUUUGCUUGACAUUUGGAAUUUCCACAGCAAACAGUGAUCACGACGAAAAAGAAGGUGAUGAGGAGGGAAGUGACAUUUUGACCGACCUACCUUGCAAGCUGAACUUCAGAGAAUUUCACGCUCGCCUGUGUGGCCAUUUCUCCCUGAACAGCGAAGGCGGCAAGUCAGCUAUGCGUCUUCCUAUCACUGAAGAAACCGAGCACAUAGAACGGGAGAUCCGGGUUCGGUGGCCACGAGUUCGCCGACGGAAAUGUGUAAGUUUUGACCUGUCUAAAGAACAGAGAGAUACUGUCAAAAGAAAACAAGAGCACUCGACAUUGGCGGAAAACAGAACUUCUGCUGACUGGAGCAAUGAGACAGUGUGUGCCCCCAGUCCUCGGAGGGCCAUACAAGAGCAGCUGACCAUGGAGAAUGCCAGCCUGAGGGAGCUGGUGGAAGACCUGAGAUGUUCCCUGCAGACCAGCGAUGCCCGCUGCAUCGCUCUGGAGGUGGCACUUCGCAGGGCUGCUAAGGGGGAGGAGAUGCUCAAGACCACACCCACAACCAAAGCCACGACCCCAGGUCAGAGCAGCCGAGGUCGCUGGGGCCGGAGUAAGGGCUUGGACCUGCAGCGGGAGCUGGAGCUGAUUCGCUCUUCGCGUGACGGACAGCUGCAGGAGGCCAUGCGGUACAGCCAGCAGCUAGAGACGGAGCUGAGUGUCGCCCACAGACAGGCGGGGCUGCUGGAGGACGUGGCGAGCCGGCUCAGGAAGGAGCGUGCUCAGAUGAGGAGCAAGAUGGAGGAGGCUCGGGCAGCGCUGGCCUCCGGCCUGAAGAGGGUGGAGGAGCUGCAGGGACAGGCCAGCCAGGUCGCCCCACUGCAGGAGCACAUCCUGCAGCUGCAGAUGGAGCUAAACCACGUCAGGUCCACGUGCUCCUGCAAAGCUGAGAGUGAAGCAGGAGGUCUCUCAGGAGGUCUCUCAGGUGAGAGACAACAACCUGUCAUCUCUGUUGUCCCUUGUCUGUCCACACCACACGUCCAUGCUGGGGGUGAAGACAGCAGCUUCAGAGGAGGAGAAGAGUGUCUUCAGAGGGCUGUGGAGGGCCGGGCGGCCUCGGAUGAGGAGUGGGAGGAGGAGAGGGGAGAGGACGAAGGGCAGUGUUGCCUCCUGGAGGCGAAGAAGCUGAUUCAACGUCUGCAGCACUGCACAAGAGGGUGCCAGAAUGCUGCCGUGCGCCACAUUUUCUUGUCGGACAAUCUUCACAACGAUGAUGAGGAGUGUGUGAGUGCGGGGAGGGGUAGGGGUGGCCCUCUUCAGACCCACGAGUGGAAAAGAUCAAGAGAGCACGAGAAGGAGCUGGAGCUGCGUCAGGAGGAGGUGUUGAUGCUGCAGGGUGAGGUGCAGCAGGUGGAGACGGAGCGCGUGCGUCUCUCUCUGCUGGAGGAGAGGCUCACUGACGCCCUCUCACUGCUGCUGCAGCUGCGCUCGCAGAGAGUGUCCCGCAGGAUGCUGGGUAAAAUCCUGAUGAGCUCUUUGGAUGUCUUCAGCCAAAAAGAUCAAGGUCCCUCGGCCGUCUUGCAGGUGGUGGACGCUCUCUGUCAUCAGCUCCUGUCCAGUGACCUCCUGAUCACGGGUGGAGAUGGAGGAGGUGGGGAGAGUGGGGCACAGGGUCCCUGGCCCAAAGUAACAUCCUCUAGCCAGAGCUCCACCAACCCCCUGCUCAUCUCCUGCUGAGGGCAGGCCCCGAACUUUUGCUUACCAUAUGAUCUCUUGGUACGAUUUUAGGACAUUUGGGAGACAUUUGUGUUACCAGUUCAGUACUGGUAACAUGUUAAAACGCCCACUUGGUGGGGCUCUGUCACGAUUUUCAAAGGAUAAUGCACAAUGCCCGCUUUCACAAAAUACACUUUUAGCAUAGCCUUUAUGUCAUUUUUGUCUCCGAAUGUUGUGAUAAUUUGAAUGACAGACUGAGAGACAAACUAUUCAUGGCUAGGCCACUACCUAUCAUACCAUUUUGUGUCACAAUUUUCUGAUGAAACAGUCAUCACAGUUUUCUUCACUUUUCUACCUCUACCCUGCUCUACCUCCUCAAACAUGGUUUUCCAAACUGGCAGCAUAAUACAUAAAGCAUGGGAUAGAUCUGAAACACCGGCGCUUAGAGUACCAUGACAUAAUCCACUAAUAUGAGAGGAAGAACUUUCACUUUUUUCACAGGUUAGGUGUUAUUGGUAACAUGUCGGUUAUUAAACCAGCUACCACAUUCACUAGUUAUUCAAUAGUUAUAGGUUCAGAUAAUAAAGUACAUGUAAACAAAUAUGUAAGCAGAUGGUUGUGGCUAGAGUUUGAUUGUGUUUAACUAUAUGAAUCUCAAUAAGCUUCCCUCAGGCAUUUCAUAUGCCUGGGUUUUUACAUAAAGCACUGCUUAGAAGGCACUUACAGGAGUGUGGUCUGUUAGAGAGGUUUUUCACAUGUGUGUGUCAAAUUUAUGUUAAUUAACAUUAAUAAAAUAUUGUAUAUUUAAUUUAUUGUGUACAAAUCAAAUGCUAAUAACCACAAUGUCUUCCAGUGGUGAAUAAAUACCUUGCUCUCUUGCUAA